AUGGAACUUGAAGGAAGGGUUGCCUUAUCAGCAAUGGGCAAAGGUUUUGUUCUCUUUCAAUUUGAAAUUGAAUCCGAUAUGUUACUUAUCUGGCGGCGAAGUUCGAUCAAGGUUGGGGGUCAAUAUGUUAGGUUCCAAAAGUGGAGGCAGGAUUUCAAUAUUCAUGAAAAGCAGAUUGCCAUUAAGAUGGUUUGGAUCUGCUUCCCGGAUCUUCCGUUAGAAUACUGGCAUGAGAAAAUUCCUCUCACCAUGGCCAAAGCGGUCAGACGGCCAAUGGCUAUCGACAAACAUACCCGGACAGUUUUAAUGGGAGGAUUUGCCCGGAUUCAGGUUGAGAUGGAAAUAGGGUCCAGUCGAAUUGAGGAGACUCAUGUCGAGAGACUUCAGCCUGGUACACAACAGGUCUUUUGGUUUAAACAAAAGGUCAUCUAUGAAGACAAAUUGGGCCUCUGUGGUUUCUGUAAAAAAUUAGGACACCUUGUCUCUGAUUGCAGAAUUUUAAAACAAGUGGAAGCGAAUGCAGAUGAAGAAGCGAUGCCUAAUGAAGCAGUCUAG